UGAGGAGCCCUUGGCAUCUCGUCUCCCAAUAGUAUACAAUAAACAUAACAGUCUCCCUAGUUCAGUACUCAGUUGCCGUCCCAGUAAAUCUAUUUUUUUUUAUUGCCGUUAGUUUUUAUAAUUAGUUUUUUUUAAAGACAUUCAAAGUGCCGCUAAGAAAAGAAUAUAACAAGUUUUAAAACGUGGGUCGACUUGUAACCCAACCACAAGGUUAUUCGGGCAUUUUCUUGAGAAUACAACCGUCACCCUACAAGACUCCAGGAUGUCCGAGACGAGUACUUUUACUGCGGAAACAGCUCGAGCCGCUCUCAACGCUAUCCUGGAGUCUCUGGAAAUGGACGAGAACGCUCUGAAGUUGAAUGAGGCCAAAAUAGGUGCUGGGAACGACAUGCUCAAAGUGAUGCAAUAUGUAUUCCCCAUAGUUGUUCAGGUGGAGAUGGAUGUCAUAAAGAGAUUCGGUUUUACCGACAACCGUGAAGGUAUAAUCCAGUUUACACAGCUGAUUGUGGCUUUAGAAAAAGAGGAUGACCUCAUUGCUGACCUGCACAGCCAAGUACGGGCUCAUUACCUGCCACCUGUUACAAUUGCGAGUGAUGUGUCAUUAUGAUUAAGACUGGUUUAAGUAUUUAUUUAUUUUAAUUUAACAUUUACUUGUUUUUAAAAAUUAACUUAAGAAAAAAAAGAAAGAUCCUUUAUGAAAUUGAGCUUUUUGCCAUAUUCAAUUUUAUAUGCUUUAACCCAAUAAUUUAAGUUUUUAUACCUGAGAGGACCAAAUAGUAAAAAAAAUCAAAUUGCCAUAUUUUAAAUUGUUUUUAACCAUUCCAUUGUUAUUUAUUAUCUAUUGAAAUUUGCUAGGAUCAUUGUAAAUUUUGUGUAUUUAUAAUAGUGUAAAGAGUUUUAAUAUUGUAACAACAUAUAUCUUAGUUGUAAUUUAUUUUAUUAAGGGUUGAUAUAAAUAAAAAACAAAAUAUUGUUUUA